AUGGGGUCGCUUUUAAGAAGUGAAGAAAUGACACUAUGUCAAUUGUUUCUACAAUCAGAAGCAGCCUAUACAUGUGUAUCAGAACUAGGAGAACUUGGAUUAGUCCAGUUCAGAGAUUUAAAUCCUGAUUUCAAUGCUUUCCAAAGAAAAUUUGUCAAUGAGAUCAGAAGAUGUGAAGAAAUGGAAAGGAAACUAAGAUUUCUAGAAAAGGAGAUAAAGAAAGAUGGUAUACCAAUGUUAGAUACUGGUGAUAAUCCUGAUGCACCAGCACCUAGAGAAAUGAUAGAUUUAGAGGCUACAUUUGAAAAACUGGAAAAUGAAAUGAAAGAAGUCAAUUCCAAUUCCGAAGCAUUGAAGAAAAAUUAUUUAGAAUUAACUGAAUUAAAGCAUAUUUUAAGAAAAACUCAAACAUUUUUUGAUGAGGCUGAAUUUCAACACCAGGCAAUGCAUGACCCUUAUUUGGGUGAAGAAACAAUGGGAUUAUUGGGAGAAGAAUCACAAAGAAGUGGCCAGCCCCUGAGAUUGGGUUUUGUUGCUGGUGUAAUUGGAAGAGAAAAGAUCCCAGCAUUUGAAAGAAUGUUAUGGAGAGCCUGUAGAGGAAAUGUAUUUUUACGUCAAGCUGAAAUUGAUAAAGCUAUGGAAGAUCCAGUCACUGGUGAUCAAGUAUUAAAGUCUGUGUUCAUUAUUUUCUUUCAAGGAGAUCAACUUAAAUCUCGUGUUAAAAAAAUUUGUGAAGGAUUUAGAGCAACUUUAUAUCCAUGUCCAGAAACUCAGUCAGAAAGACGUGAAAUGUCUAUUGGUGUAAUGACUAGAAUAGAAGAUCUCAAUACUGUAUUGGGUCAAACUGGUGACCACAGACAUCGUGUAUUAGUAGCAGCAGCUAAAAAUAUUAAAGUCUGGUUUAUUAAAGUCCGUAAAAUAAAGGCUAUAUAUCAUACAUUAAAUAUGUUUAAUCUAGACGUCACACAGAAAUGUUUGAUUGCUGAAUGCUGGUGUCCCUUUGCUGAUUUAGACAGAAUACAACAGGCUCUUCAAAGAGGAACUGAGAGAAGUGGUAGUAGUGUACCAUCUAUAUUAAACAGAAUGUCAACUAAGCAAGAACCACCAACAUAUAAUAGAAAUAAUAAAUUAACACAGGGUUUCCAAAAUCUAGUUGAUGCUUAUGGUGUAGCUAGCUAUAGAGAAAUCAAUCCAGCUCCCUUUACUAUAAUCUCCUUCCCAUUUUUAUUUGCUGUGAUGUUUGGUGAUAUGGGACAUGGUUUGAUCAUGUUUUUAUUUGCUCUGUGGAUGGUGAUUAGAGAAAAACAGCUUCAAGCUAAGAAAAUUGACAAUGAGAUCUGGUCUACAUUUUUUGGAGGAAGAUAUAUAAUAUUAUUAAUGGGAGCCUUCUCUAUGUAUACUGGUUUUAUUUAUAAUGAUGUAUUCUCCAAGUCACUAAAUUUAUUUGGUUGCCAAUGUGAUAAAGAUUAUACACCAGCUUCAUUAGACAAUAAUCAACAUUUACAAUUAAAUCCUAAUGGUUCAUAUACUGGUACACCAUAUGCUAUUGGUUUGGAUCCGAUCUGGUCUGUAGCAUUAAAUAAAAUAGCGUUUACUAACUCGUUAAAGAUGAAAACAUCUAUUAUACUAGGUGUAAGUCAGAUGAUGUUUGGUGUAGCGUUAAGUUUUCUCAAUCACAGAUAUUUCCAGAGACCAAUGAAUAUAAUCUGUGAAUUUAUACCACAAGUUAUAUUUCUAUUCUGUAUGUUUGGAUAUUUGUGUAUUUUGAUAUUCCAUAAAUGGACCCAUUAUACAUCUGAUAUGGCUGGUAAUGCUCCUAGUUUACUUAUAGGAGCUAUCAAUAUGUUUUUAUUCAACUAUCCUAAACAUUCUAAACUUAUCUACAGUGGACAGCCUGGUUUCCAAGGAUUCCUGGUAGUAAUUGCAGUACUCUGUGUUCCUUGGAUGUUAUUAGUGAAACCAUUUUUAUUACGAUAUCAGGCUCGUUAUGGACAGCCAUUUGAUUUUGCUGAUGUUAUGAUAAACCAAGGUAUUCAUACUAUAGAAUACUGUCUAGGCUGUAUCUCACAUACAGCUUCUUAUCUACGUCUAUGGGCUCUCAGUUUAGCUCAUGCACAACUAUCUGAAGUAUUAUGGACUAUGGUAAUGAGAUUAGGUUUUAUGUUUGAUGGAUUUAUUGCACCAUUUAUGUUAGUGAUUGUAUUUUUCUUCUGGGCUGGAGCUACUGUUAUCAUAUUAGUAGUAAUGGAAGGACUAUCAGCUUUCCUACAUGCUUUACGUCUCCACUGGGUUGAAUUUCAGAGCAAGUUUUAUAAGGGUGAAGGUUAUAUGUUUCAGCCAUUUUCAUAUGAACAUAUCUUAGAUCAUGGUGGAGAGGAAAAUUAA